CUGUGCUCUAUUUUUCGCUCUUUUAUUUAUACUGAAAUGGACAAUAUCCAGGUGUUUCUGCGCAUUCGACCGUUUUCCGAAGAGGAAUUCAGCAAGGAGCGGUCUGCCGAGUCUGCCAUCCGCAUAAAUUCAGAACGGUCCGUGUCGGUCCCCUCGCAGAGCACCGAGCCGUUUUCCUUUGACUUUAUCGGGGCUGAGGACUGUGCACAGGACCAGGUCUUUGAGGCCGUCGGGAAGCGGGCGACGGGCUCCGGCAAAACCUUCACCAUGCAAGGCGCCCACGAUAAAUUCACCGGGCCCACCGACGAGCUGCGCGGCCUCAUCCCGCGCUGCUUCGAAUACCUGUUUUCGCGCAUCUCUGAGGAAGAGCAGCGUUCUAAUGGGCGCGUCAAAUAUCUAUGCCGCGCAUCAUACAUUGAGAUCUACAACGAGACUAUAUACGAUUUGCUGGACCCGGUCGUGCGUAUGUGCGCGCUGCGUGAGGACAUAAAGAAGGGCAUCUUUGUCGAUAAUGUCACCGAAGAGACAGUGCUGGACCCAAACGAGGCGUAUGGUGUGUUUACCAGAGGCACGCAGAACAGGCAUGUGAGCGCAACGUCUAUGAACCGGGAGAGUUCGCGGUCGCAUUCGGUGUUGAUGUUGACAAUUCAGUCCAUGAAGCAGAUGGACUCCUGGGAAGCCGCAAACAUCAACAAAAGCCUGUCGGCACUGGGCAAAGUCAUCAACGCACUCGUAGAUGUUGGCAGCGGCAUCAAACGACACGUAAAUUAUCGCGACAGCAAGCUGACGUUCCUGCUGCGAGACUCGCUUGGAGGUAACUCUGUCACGUUCAUUAUCGCCAACGUCAGCCCAGCCAUCAGCAAUGAUGCCGAGACCAUUAGCACGAUGCGGUUCGCGCAGAGGGCAAAGAUGAUCCGAAACAAGGCUGUUGUCAACCAGGACAUGCAGGGGAAUGUUCCCCAGUUGCAGGCUGAAAUCCAGAAGCUCAAGCAGGAAAUCGCAAUGCUCACCGCUGGCAACCAGUCCUCGGCCAUUGCCACUCCUGCAUCAAGCCCACCUGAUGACAAGGAGCUGGGCACCACGCAGUAUUUGCUGAUCCUGGCACUACGGAAACUGCGCGAGUCUGAGCGUCAGAAAUCGCGCUAUGCUGAAAUCGCCUUUGAGCUUAAAGAGUCGCUGGACCGCCACAAGCUCCAGCAUCAGCAGCAAUCCCUGGUACUCAAACUCCGGACUGCUGAAAACGACGCGCUGCGCCGGGCUUAUGGCUACCAGUCUGACGCCGAGAACAGGUCGCUGCGUGAGGAAAUCACUGCUCUACAGUCGACACUCUCCGCUAUGCCUGAUGCGUCGGACCUCUUGGUCGAGAAUCUGCAGCUGCGUGAGCAAAUCGAACUAUUCCAGCUCUCACGCGCCUCCAACCCCGAUUCCUUCGCCAUACCCAGCAUUGACGCAGCUGCAGAGGCCCUUGAAUCUCUCCUGCGCACAAACACGCCUCUCGCCGACCUCCAGUCUUUAUUGCCUAUCGUCCCUGACCAUGUAGAGUACGACCGCCUCGAAGAAAGCGUCCGGCAGCUGCAGCAUGAUGUAGAUGAACUGGAAAUUCAGAAAAACGCAACAGAGUUCCAGAUGGCGAGCAUCGAGGAGGACUGGCAGGCGGUGCAGGACGGGGUUGUGGAGCUGAAACACACAGGAUCUGCGGAGGGGAGGGAGCGGAUCAUUGCACACACGCUUGACAAUAUAGUCAAUGAGCAGCCCAGGGCGACGUGGGUGGCAAUGGCUGAAAUGUACACAAACCAACAAGCGUAUUUGUUCAACUGAUAACAUUAAUUUCUCUUUUUCAUUGCGAGCAUUUUCCAA